AUGGAGCUUUUCAGCGAACACGAAAGUAUCGAUGAAAGAAGAGACUUAUUGCAGCUUCUAAUAGCCGAAGUGCAAGUUUAUCCCGGUAUUUGGAAUAAAAAGUCGCCUGCAUACAAAGAAGCACAGAAGAAAAAGCUUAUUUGGGAAAAAAUAGCCAUGAAGUUACAGAUUGGUGGUACGUUUUUCUUCUAUGAUUUUACAUGUAGAUUGCUGCAGAGAAAUGGAUUGGUUUUCGGCUCAAACUCAAGGAGGCUGGUCUCAUUGUGAAAACGGGUGGAAUAUAGCAAUUUCAAAGAUAGCUUAUGAUAUAUAUACUACACAAUUUCUAUAAACAAAUUUUGGUAUUUUAACAUGAAGUCAAUCUACAUUUUAUAGAAACUUACUCUCUAUAAACUCAUUACUCUAGAAACUUGUUUCCAGAAUAAAUUGUAAAAUGUUUUAUACGUAAAGAAAAAUGUGUGCUAUCUAUGUGAAUAUGGAAAAGUUAUGGGAUAUUAUAAACCUCCCAAACAUAGGUAAUUCAUAUCAGUAGCAUGUUCAGAUGUUUUAUCAUAUAGGAUGUCCACAUAGCCCUUAUAUCAGGGUGCUUAUGUACUGUUUAAUAAACGAGCAGGAGUGUUUUAUUAGGUUUAAAGACACGAGUGCGCAGCGAGAGUGGCUUUAAACCUAAUAAAACACGACCUGCGAGUUUAUUAAACCGCUUCAAACACAACUACAAAUUCAAUAGAUUUACUGCCUUGUUAGUAUUCUUUAUAUAAAGAAUACUAAUGAGGACACAACUACAAUAUAUACUGCCUUAUUAGUAUUCUUUAUAUAAAGAAUACCAAUUAGGAGUGUUUUAUCAGGUUUAAAGCCACUGCACGUGACAUAUUAUGGUUGACAUGAUUCGUCAAUAAGCUUAUGAAUUAUUAAUGAGUGUUUGAAAUAUAUAUAAGCGCCCUGCCUUAUGUUUCCCACGUAAGAUCACCUACAGGCAGUUUGUUUCUCCUGUCCAUACAUUUUCCAGUUGAUAAUUAUCAAAAUUAAAACUCUGAGUAACAUGCCUCUGGCCUCUCAUACAGUUUCCAUAUAAUAAAUUGUAUGGGAAUUCCAUGGCUGAUACUUCUACAUUUAAAUUAUGGUAUUUGAUGGAGUACUCCAUAAUUAUAAAUUCUGUAGAGAUUCUGUGGUCCGAAAAAAUGUAUUUCCAAUACAAACCUAGGCAUGACUGACAACCUUGUGAAUAUUAAUUACUGACCUGGAAAUGCACUGUUUUUCAAAUUUCCAGGGUCGGGAUGACCAGAAACACAAAUUGAGGACCCUCUUCUAAGUUAGUAAUUACUUGGUACAAUAAAAUGUUUUUCUGCUUCAUCUCAUGGCAGUAUAAGCAUUGAGCAGGUGGAAACAUAAUUAUGUCUCAUUAUGAAAUAUUACAUUUUAAUACAUUCCCUACAAAUUCUCUGUUUCAGUUGAAGAAGCAAAGAGAAAAUGGAAAAACUUAUACGACAGUUACAAAAAGUGCAGAGAAAGAGAACGAGAACUGGAAAAGUCUGGUUGUGGUUAUACAAAGAAUCCCACGUGUCUGUACUAUAAUGAGUUGCAAUUUUUAAAAGAUAUUGUGUCCACUCGUACCACAACCAGCAAUAUCACUGUGGCUCACAAGGAUAAAGCAGUUGAUGUAUUUGAAGUGUUACCAUCAAGUUCCAGCACUGAAACAUCGACUACAGCUGCCCAAAUACCAACCUGUCUAGUUAAGCGACCGAAAAAAGAAAUUGAUCCUGUUGACAAACUUUUGAUUAAUGCCCUUACAAAUGAGGACAAAGCAUCUAAUAAGUGUGAUGAUGCUGAUACCCAUUUUUGCCUAAGUUUGGUAGAAGCUAUUAGGAGCUUACCAUAA